AUGAUUAAUUUAAUUAAAUUGAUUGAUAACAAAACGAAUAAAUUAUUUGCAUGCUACCCUGACAUAUGGAAAGGCUAUAACUCAUUUAUGUUUUUUUAUAUAUUACCAUUACACUAUGAAGAAAAAAAUUUAACUAACACAUUUUUAUCCAUCUUAAAAAAUUCAGAAAACCCGGAUAAAAAUAUUUACAUAUCAUUAUUGUUACUCAAUUCGAACAAUUUUACAACCAAAAUACAAACUUUAAAAUAUAUUUUUUAUCAUUAUAUUUUAAUUAAUAAAAAUGGAGCAAAAAACAAAAUUGAUGAUCAUGUGAAGGAUAAUUUCACAAUAUUUUUAGUCGAAAAUAAUUCCAUAAAUGUUGAAAAGCACAUGAGUGUUCUCUUUUUUUCGAUUAUAUCCGAUUUGAUAAAACAAGAUUAUAUCACAUUAAUCAAGGAAAGGAAUAAAAAAAAGAAUGAAACAACUCUUAUACAUGUAAAGAAUAAAAUGGAGACAGAACAAAAUGAUUACAUUAGUACAUUAAUUAAUUAUUCAUUGUGUAAAAACAUCUUUCAUAGAUAUUUUAAUGAUCUUGAAAAUAAUAUAAUUAAUGAAGAUAUAAAAUUAAAUGAAAAAAAUAUAAAUAAAAAUAAUAUUUUAGACAUAGGAAAAAGUGAAGAAAAUGGACAUAAAAAUAACCAAAUUGAUAUUUUAAAAAAUGAAAAUAUUUAUUAUGACAUGGAAAAAGGGAAAAUAUUAAUAUAUGAAAUAAAAGAUCAUUAUAAUGAAGAUUUUUUAAAAGGCAUUUUUUAUUAUAUAAAAUAUAUGGUAGAACAUUUUGAGGAAUAUAUAUUAGUAUCAUCUCCUACAAAAAAAAAAAAAAUAAUUCCAAAUAGUAUAAAUAAAAGUUAUAUUUCUUGUUUUUUAAUUAAUUGUAUAUCUAUUUUAAUUAAUAUAUGUUGUUUUAAUAAAAUAUUUAUAAAUGAUUCUUAUAAUUUAAUAAUAAAUAUCAAAAAAAAAUUACUUAAACAUAUGAAUACAAGUAUAGUGGUUUCAAUGGUUCAAUUUGUUUUAUUAUUUUCAACAGAAGAUCAAUUUUUUAAAGCAUCUAAUUAUUUAUAUAUAUUAUUAUCUAAGGAAUAUAAAAAUUAUUUAAUAGCAAUUACAUUUUUUGAUUUUAUAAUAAAAAAUAUGAAUAUACUUAAGCCCAAGACAUUUUUUUUUGACAAAUAUGCUUCUAUAAUUUUGAGAAUAUAUUUUCAUCAUUAUAGAAUAUUUAAAAAUGAUUUAAUUUAUAUAUUACCACAUUUAAUAUAUGAUAAUAAUUAUAAAGAUGUUUUUUGUUAUCUCUUAUAUAUUCCCUUAUUGAUAACUACUGAAAAUAUGGAAAGUGUUUCCAAUAUUAUGUACAUUAAUCAUGAAAACAAAAAGGACACUAUUUAUAACCACUUCAAAGGAGAAGAAGAAGGUUUUGAGAAAACAGCUAUUCAAGAGUUAGACCAUAUUAAUAUGUACAGAGAGAUAAAAAACAAAAUCAAGAUUAAAGAGAUCGUAAAAAAUAUGAACAAAUAUUUUAGGGUAUAUUUUAAAACAAUUUUAUGGAGCAAAAAAAAUGAAUGGUUAUACCAAAUUACAAAACUAGUUUUAUAUAAAUUAAGAUGUUCAGAAAUUCUUGAAAUAUUAAAUAAGGAUUGUAUAAAAGAGUUAUUAAAAGGUUUAUAUAAUAUAAUAAAAAAUAAUUAUAGAUUAUUAUUAGUUUUAAAAAAUGAAUUUAUAAUUUUAUUAAAAACAAAAUCUAAUUAUUAUUAUUUAAUAAGUAGAUAUAUAUUAGAUAUUAUAGCCCAUAAUUUAGAAUCUAUCAAGGUUACACAUGAUAAAAUUGAAGAUUAUUAUAUAACAUUAGAUUCAUUUUUUUUAAAAAACGAUUUUAGUGAGUUAAAAUUUUGGAUGUCAUUAAUUCAUGCAUUUACUAGCAUAGCAUUAUAUUGUCAUGGUUUAUCUAAUCAUAUAUUAAUUACUUAUGAAAAUUUGAUUAUUCAAAAUAAAUAUCCUCUUAUAUUAAAAUAUAUAAUAAUUGAAAAUAUAAAUCUUAUAAAAAAUAUAUCUUACACUAAAAGUAUGAGAUAA